CCAGACACGGUUUGCCCAGUGCAGAGAGAGGGGCUCCGUGUUCCGCCUCCGUGGAGUAUUUGGGAUUGGAGAGAGUGACACACACACACACGCACACACACACACACACACGCACACAGAGACCAUCUGCAGUGUCAAUGCGGCGCCUGCUCUGAAGACUGAAGUGGGGGGAAAGGAGAAGAGAAAAAAAUUAUUAUAUAUAUACACCAAAACCCACCCAAAGCAAGCGAGGAGCACCGCCAGGACAAAAUCUGCCGGGGAAUUGGUGUUUUGAAGACUUUCACGGCUUUUAAUCCUGUUCCCUUGGGAAUACAAACCUCUCUAAUCAUGUCACCGGCCAUGUGGAAAUGGACUUGCCUGGUUUCUCACCUCCUGCUGUCCACCACAGUGUCACCUCUUGCCAGGCAGCAGCCACUCCAUCCAAAGAGGCCCUUCAUCACCUUCACUGGAGAACAAUCAGAGGGAAACUUCAACCACUUGGUGGUUGACGAAAGAACGGGGCACAUUUACUUGGGGGCCGUCAACAGGAUCUACAAACUCUCCAGUGACCUGAAGGUCCUGGUGACCCACGAGACAGGUCCUGAUGAUGACAAUCCCAAGUGUUAUCCACCCAGGAUAGUCCAAACCUGCAACGAACCCCUGACACCCACCAACAACAUAAACAAAAUGCUCCUCAUAGACUACAAGGAGAACCGGUUGAUAGCCUGUGGGAGUCUGUACCAGGGCAUCUGCAAGCUGCUGAGGCUGGAUGACCUCUUCAAGCUCGGGGAGCCCUUCCACAAGAAGGAGCAUUACCUCUCUGGGGUGAAUGAGAGUGGCUCUGUUUUUGGAGUCAUUGUUUCUUACAGCAACAUGGAUGACAAGCUGUUCAUUGCCACCGCCGUGGACGGCAAACCGGAGUAUUUCCCCACGAUUUCCAGCAGGAAGCUCACCAAGAACUCCGAGGCGGAUGGGAUGUUUGCAUACGUCUUUCAUGAUGAGUUUGUGGCCUCUAUGAUCAAGAUCCCCUCAGACACCUUUACCAUCAUCCCUGACUUCGAUAUCUACUACAUUUAUGGCUUCAGCAGCGGGAACUUUGUCUACUUCCUGACUCUGCAGCCUGAGAUGAUCUCGCCGCCUGGCUCCACCACGAAGGAGCAGGUUUACACCUCCAAGCUGGUCCGGCUUUGUAAGGAGGACACAGCCUUUAACUCCUAUGUGGAGGUGCCCAUCGGCUGUGAGAAGAACGGGGUGGAAUACAGAUUGCUCCAGGCAGCCUACUUGUCUAAGGCUGGAGCCAUCUUAGCCAGGUCUUUGGAGGUUGGCCCUGAGGAUGAUAUCCUCUUCACAGUCUUCUCCAAGGGGCAGAAAAGGAAGAUGAAGUCCUUGGAUGAGUCUGCUCUUUGCAUCUUUGUCCUGAAAAAGAUCAACGACCGCAUCAAGGACAGACUGCAGUCCUGCUACAGGGGAGAGGGGACCUUAGAUCUGGCCUGGCUCAAAGUCAAGGACAUUCCCUGUAGCAGCGCGCUGUUAACAAUUGACGACAAUUUCUGUGGCCUGGACAUGAAUGCCCCCUUGGGAGUAUCGUCCAUGGUGAGAGGGCUCCCCAUUUUCACUGAGGAUGGAGACAGGAUGACGUCUGUGAUCGCCUACGUCUACAAGAACCACUCCCUGGCUUUUGUGGGCACCAAGAGCGGGAAGCUCAAGAAGAUCCGUGUGGACGGCACCAAUAAGAACACCCUGGAGUAUGAGAUUGUGCAGGUGGUGGACACCGGCCCCAUCCUGAGGGACAUGGCCUUCUCAGUGGACCACGAGCACCUCUACAUCAUGUCUGAGAAGCAGCUCACCCGGGUGCCCGUGGAGUCGUGUAGCCAGCACGAGACCUGCAGCGAGUGCUUGGGCUCAGGAGACCCUCACUGUGGAUGGUGUGUCCUUCACAACACGUGCACGAGGAAGGAGCGGUGCGAGCGCUCCAGCGAGCCGCGGAGAUUCGCCUCGGAGAUGAAGCAGUGCGUCCGGCUCACCGUGCACCCCAACAACAUCUCCGUGUCCCAGUACAACGUUCUGCUGGUCUUGGAGACCUACAACGUCCCCGAGCUGUCAGCAGGAGUCAACUGCACCUUCGAGGACCUUUCAGAGAUGGAUGGCCUGGUGGUGGGCAGUCAGAUCCAGUGCAUCUCACCAGCUGCCAAAGAGGUGCCCCAGAUCAUCACAGAGAACGGAGACCACCACAUCGUGCAGCUUCAGCUCAAGUCCAAGGAAACGGGUAUGACCUUUGCCAGCACCAGCUUCGUCUUCUACAACUGCAGCGUCCACAACUCGUGUCUGUCGUGUGUGGAGAGCCCCUACAGGUGUCACUGGUGCAAGUACCGCCACGUGUGCACCCACGACCCCAGCUCCUGCUCCUUCCAGGAGGGACGAGUCAAGAUGCCUGAGGACUGUCCCCAGCUGCUGCAGGCAGAGAAGAUCCUGGUGCCGGUGGAGGUGAUCAAACCCAUCACGCUGAAGGCCAAGAACCUGCCCCAGCCUCAGUCGGGCCAGAGGGGCUACGAGUGCAUCCUGAACAUCCAGGGCAGUGAGCAGAGGGUGCCAGCCCUGAGGUUCAACAGCUCCAGUGUGCAGUGCCAGAACACUUCGUAUUCCUACGAAGGGAUGGAGAUUAACAGCCUGCCAGUGGAGCUGACUGUCGUGUGGAACGGGAAUUUCAACAUUGACAACCCAGCACAGAACAAAGUUCACCUCUACAAGUGUGGGGCCAUGAGGGACAGCUGCGGACUCUGCCUGAAAGCCGACCCCGACUUCGAGUGUGGCUGGUGCCAGGGCCAGAACCAGUGCACGCUGAAGCAGCACUGCCCAGCCCAGGACAGCCAGUGGCUGGAGCUGUCCAGCACCAAGGGCAAGUGCACCAACCCCAAGAUCACGGAUAUCAACCCCGUGACGGGCCCUCGCGAGGGAGGGACCAAGGUGACGAUCCGUGGGGAGAACCUGGGGCUGGAGUUCCGGGACAUCGCGUCCCACGUCAAAGUGGCCGGCGUGGAGUGCAAACCUCUGGUGGAAGGGUACAUCCCUGCAGAGCAGAUAGUGUGUGAGAUGGGGGAGGCCAAGCCCAGCCAACAUGCUGGAUUUGUGGAAAUCUGUGUGGCUGAGUGCAAACCGGAGUUCAUGGCCAGGUCUUCACAGCUCUAUUACUUCAUGACCCUGACCCUCUCUGACCUCAAGCCCAAGCGGGGACCGGUGUCGGGUGGCACCCAGGUGACAAUCACGGGCAACAACCUCAACGCUGGCAGCAACGUCAUCGUGACCUUUGGGAGACAACCCUGCCUCUUCUACAGGAGAUCCACCAAGCACAUUGUCUGCAACACCACUGCCUCCUAUGAGGGCUUUGAGAAGGUGAAGGUGUCUGUGAGAGUGGACAAGGCCAAGAUACAUCAGGAGCUGCACUAUGAGUAUGUAGAGGAUCCAACCAUCCUGAGGAUCGAGCCUGAGUGGAGCAUCUUCAGUGGCAACACACCCAUUGCAGUGUGGGGGACUCACCUGGACCUCAUCCAGAACCCUCAGAUCCGGGCGAAGCACGGUGGGAAGGAGCACGUCAACAACUGUGAGGUGCAGAACAGCACAGAGAUGACCUGCCAGGCCCCAGCCCUGGCUGUGGACCCCAAUCACCAGUCGGAGCUCGCCGAGCGCCCGGAGGAGUUUGGCUUCAUCCUUGACAACGUGCAGUCCCUGCUGAUCCUCAACAAAACCAACUUCACCUACUACCCCAACCCCAUCUUCGAGGUGUUCAACCCCUCGGGGAUCCUGGAGCUGAAGCCAGGAAGUCCCAUCAUCCUGAAGGGCAAGAACCUGAUCCCACCAGUGGCAGGAGGGAAUGCCAAGCUGAACUACACCGUUCUGGUUGGGGAGAAGCCCUGUGCGGUGACUGUGUCAGAUGUGCAGCUGCUCUGUGAGUCCCCAAACCUCAUUGGAAGGCACAAGGUGAUGGCUCGUGUAGGAGGGAUGGAGUUCUCCCCAGGGAUGGUCUACAUCUCUCCAGACAGCCCUCUGAGCCUGCCAGCCAUUGUCAGCAUUGCAGUGGCUGGUGGGCUGCUCAUCAUCUUCAUCGUGGCCGUGCUCAUCGCCUACAAGCGCAAAUCCCGGGAGAGCGACCUCACCCUCAAGCGCCUGCAGAUGCAGAUGGACAACCUGGAGUCCAGGGUGGCUCUAGAGUGCAAAGAAGCCUUUGCAGAGCUGCAGACGGAUAUCCACGAGCUGACCAGUGACCUGGAUGGAGCCGGGAUCCCUUUCCUGGAUUACAGAACCUACACCAUGAGGGUGCUUUUCCCUGGCAUCGAGGAUCAUCCAGUUCUGAGGGAUCUGGAGGUCCCCGGCUACAGGCAGGAAAGGGUGGAGAAAGGCCUGAAGCUCUUUGCCCAGCUCAUCAACAACAAGGUGUUCCUGCUGUCCUUCAUCCGCACCCUGGAGUCCCAGCGCAGCUUCUCCAUGAGGGACCGCGGCAACGUGGCCUCGCUCAUCAUGACAGUGCUGCAGAGCAAGCUGGAAUAUGCCACUGACGUCCUCAAACAGCUCCUGGCCGACCUCAUAGACAAAAACCUGGAGAGCAAGAACCACCCCAAGCUGCUGCUCCGGAGGACAGAGUCUGUGGCUGAGAAAAUGCUCACCAACUGGUUCACCUUCCUUCUCUACAAGUUCCUCAAGGAGUGUGCUGGAGAACCUCUCUUCUCCCUUUUCUGUGCCAUCAAGCAGCAGAUGGAGAAGGGUCCCAUCGAUUCCAUCACGGGGGAGGCCCGGUAUUCCCUGAGUGAGGACAAGCUCAUCCGACAGCAGAUCGACUACAAGACACUGGUGCUGAGCUGCGUGAACCCCGACAACGUGAACAGCCCCGAGAUCCCGGUGAAGAUCCUGAACUGCGACACCAUCACGCAGGUCAAGGAGAAGAUCCUGGAUGCCAUCUUCAAGAACGUGCCCUGCUCCCACCGCCCCAAAGCUGCUGACAUGGAUUUGGAGUGGAGACAAGCAAGUGGGGCAAGGAUGAUCCUGCAGGAUGAAGACAUCACAACCAAGAUAGAGAACGACUGGAAAAGGCUCAACACCCUGGCACACUACCAGGUGCCAGAUGGAUCUGUGGUAGCUUUAGUCUCCAAGCAAGUCACUGCCUACAACGCAGUCAACAACUCCACAGUCUCCAGGACGUCAGCCAGCAAGUAUGAAAACAUGAUCCGGUACACGGGGAGCCCCGACAGCCUCCGGUCCCGAACCCCCAUGAUCACCCCUGACCUGGAGAGCGGGGUCAAGAUGUGGCACUUGGUGAAGAACCACGAGCACGGGGACCAAAAAGAGGGUGACAGGGGCAGCAAGAUGGUUUCUGAGAUCUACCUGACCAGACUUCUUGCCACCAAGGGCACCCUCCAGAAGUUUGUGGAUGACCUCUUUGAGACCAUCUUCAGCACUGCCCACCGUGGCAGUGCCCUCCCCCUGGCUAUCAAGUACAUGUUUGAUUUCCUGGAUGAGCAGGCCGACAAACACAACAUCCACGACCCCCACGUGAGGCACACCUGGAAGAGCAACUGCCUCCCCUUAAGGUUCUGGGUCAACAUGAUCAAGAACCCCCAGUUUGUGUUCGACAUCCACAAAAACAGCAUCACAGACGCCUGCCUGUCUGUGGUGGCCCAGACCUUCAUGGACUCCUGUUCCACCUCAGAGCACCGGCUGGGCAAAGACUCCCCCUCCAACAAGCUCCUCUACGCCAAGGACAUCCCCAGCUACAAGAACUGGGUGGAAAGGUACUACUCAGACAUUGCCAAAAUGCCAGCCAUCAGCGACCAGGACAUGAAUGCCUACCUGGCUGAGCAGUCCCGCAUGCACAUGAACGAGUUCAACACCAUGAGUGCGCUCUCCGAGAUCUACUCCUACGUGGGCAAGUACAGCGAGGAGAUUCUCGGAGCCCUCGAUCAAGACGACCAGGCUGGGAAACAGAAACUUGCCUACAAACUUGAACAAGUCAUAACCCUCAUGAGCAUAGACAGCUGAGAACUGUCCUGCCAGGGCCACCCUGGGAGGGAUAAACCAAGUCGUGCCUCACUCAAGAUCAUCAUCUUUACCAAGUGCAAGUUUUGAUGGGCUGUAAGCAGAGUCACCCACACAGCUCCUCUCUCUCUCUCUCAUUUUCUCUCUCUCCUUUCUCCCUCAUUUCUUUCUCUUUCCACAUCUAUGGACAAAGUGACAGAGCCCCAGGGGUUAAAGGAAAAGACUGCAGAGGAAUCUUGGCUCUGGGGCCACGAAGACAAUUCAGGUGGAGCUCUCCUUUUCACAGCUUCCCCUCUGCCUUCACCCUAGAGAAAAACUAUUGAACACGUGAAAAAAAACCAACCCCCCACAAACCCUCCCCAAGCAUCUCAUCAUCAACUCUGCAGAGGCGAAACUGGGAGGUAACUUCUGUCAUGCUGCUUUAACUGCCCUCCAAGGGCUCGUAGCCCCUGGAGUGGACAUGGAAAUGAACUCAGUAUUACUCAAAGUCUCCCCGAGGGGAAGGCAGCUGCCUGCAGGGAUCCUGGAGGGCAGAGCAAAUCCGGCUCCUCUCCUGCAGAGCCAUUGCAACUCCAUCUCCUGAGAGUGACCCACCGGGAGAGGAACCCCAGGGCUCCCCGGAAAACGCCAGGGUGGCACCACUGUGGCUCUGACCUGCCUGGUUGUAGCUGCUCCCUUGGGGCAGGGAAAGGGUCAAGAGGGGAGGAGGAGGAGAAGAGCAACCCUCCCCUGCCCAUGUGUUUCGUAUGGUUAUUCUUAUUUUUCCAAGAGACACGUGUCCCCCUCCGUCUUUUCACCGUCGUGUCCUGUUGGUCGUAGCACUGCGGCAAAAACGCUCUCUCUGCUCCGUGGCCUCCUGUCAGUGGUGGUUCUGCUCCUUCUGGCAAUGAAUGGACAGCACAGCAUCUCCCUUGUUCCCACCUCAGCUUGGAAAGCAAGAGCCACAGGUCUCGUUUUGUUCCAGUGUCAACAACAACAACAACAACAACAAAAAACCCUGACAAACCAACCAGAGGGAUAUUUUUUCUUUUUUUUUCUGUAAAUUCUUUCCGUUUUGUUUCCUCAGCUGGAACAAAGGUGUUGUUUUCUCAUGGUGGAAUAUCAGCAGGGCACUGAAGGACUUGCCAGGAACCAAGGUGGUGCACAGGACUGAUGGUAAAACCUUCCUUCCGAGCCCCUCCUAAGAGGAAAUGUCAGCACACGUUUGGGAAGGAAAUCUUGGAGGAAAUCCAAAGGAAGCAGUGCAAAAAAUUCUUCUACCUGGAUACCCUCAGCUGAACUGCAGGUCUUCUGGAGGUCUCUGUUAAGCCUAUCUGCCUUUUGGUGCCAACUCCUGGCCUUUCCUCCUGUCCAUCUCUGCAACCAACAGGCCUUGCUGAAGGAUUUUAUCUCUCUUUGCACUUCUAACCCCUUCAGAGAUCACUGUCACCACGGGACUGUUGUAGGUGAUCACCCUGUCCCAUCCUCUGCUCAGCUCCUCCAGAACAACAUCUCAACCUGUUUCAUGGCCAACCAAAGAGGAGUGAACUCCUUCAUCUCUCCUGCCUUUGGCUGUUGUGUUCACAGAGCCUGGAUAACACCAUGGGCAGAGACCCUCGGGGUGUGGAGAACCUUGGACACGUGGAGGCAAGAGCUGGGCCUGCAUUCACCUCCCAGAAACCAGCAGAGCUCCCUCACAGAUGGAGGAGUGGCUGGAGAAUCAGCCCACAGCCACCUCAUCAUCCUCAGAGCUACAGCCUGCAUCUGCUUUGCACCUGGAGGGAGGAAGGGGUAAAGACAGGGUGUGUAAAUUGACUGGAGAACGAGUGUAUUUGGGUUUAUUGAUGCCUUUAGCUGUCCAACCAGAACCUCCUCAGAGUGACAGACCAUGAGUGCAUGGAAAAGCGGGGGGGGGUGUGGUGCAAACAGGGCUCAGUCAGUGAGCAGGUUUCCCUCAGCCAAGCAGAUCCCAAGUGAUCCCCAAAACCCAUUUCCGACAGCAGUCCCAAACUGGAUGUGUCUGUGGCGAGAACACCACAAAAUUCACAUUGAAACAGCAAACUUAUGGACACAUCUUGGUUUUAAAACCCCAGACAUUUCUCUCUUGAUUCUGAUUAUUCUUAUUUUGUGUGUGUGUGUGUGUGUGUGUGUGUGUGUAUCCGUGUGUGCGUGGGUGUGUUCCUCCCCUUUUCAUUUUGCUUGCUUUCUGUUGGAUUGCUGAGCUGAUGGACUCAUCAUGCACCUUAUGGACAUCUCAGCAUCUUUAAGAGGCCUGUGCACAGGGGAUGGUUUGGGUUUGCUUGGUUCUGCCAUGGUUUUGUUGCUCCAUUUGGUGACGUCGGCGCAUGUUCCAGAUCCAUUGAUUAUGGCUGUGAAAGUGGGCUUGGAAUUCCCACCAGAGCCAGUGGUAAGGAAGUGACAACAACAACAACAACGACACAAACACGAUAUUUUUUAUAACUACCUUAAAAAAAAAAAAAGGAAAAAAAAAAAGGAAAAAAAAGGGGAAAAAUUUAAAAUUUAAAAAAAAAAAAAGGAGAAGAAACCAAAGGUUUUGACAAACAAAGUGCCACAAAAAGAUAAAUAUGGACCCUAUUGUCAUGCCUUGUUCUCACAGCUGGAUGGUAGGAGUCUAAGGACAAGUAGCUGGCUUGGAGGGAAGUGGUGAUGAGUGAUGGGCAAUCCUGCCUGGACAUGUGCACAUGGAAGGAAGAAGAAGCUGUUUAACAUAAAAAAAAAAAAAAAAAAAAGAAA